GUUGUGCGUUCCUCACCUACUGUGCCAGAGACUCGGCCAUCAAAGCCCAGACGGCACUGCACGAACAGAAGACUCUGCCAGGGAUGGCGCGCCCAAUUCAGGUGAAACCUGCAGACAGCGAGAGCCGUGGAGGUAGGGACAGGAAGCUCUUUGUGGGCAUGUUAAAUAAGCAACAGUCUGAGGAGGACGUGCUCCGGCUCUUUGAACCCUUUGGGGUCAUUGAUGAAUGUACGGUGCUCCGUGGACCCGAUGGUAACAGCAAAGGCUGUGCUUUUGUAAAGUUCUCAUCCCACACAGAGGCUCAGGCAGCAAUCCACGCACUCCAUGGCAGCCAGACAAUGCCCGGCGCCUCCUCCAGUCUAGUGGUGAAGUUUGCUGACACAGAUAAAGAGAGGACCCUCCGUCGUAUGCAGCAAAUGGUGGGGCAGCUGGGGAUAUUCACUCCAUCUCUCACGUUGCCGUUCAGCCCAUACAGCGCCUAUGCGCAGGCUCUGAUGCAGCAGCAGACAACAGUUCUCUCCACCUCCCAUGGCAGCUACCUGAGCCCUGGCGUCGCCUUUUCCCCUUGCCACAUCCAGCAGAUCGGUGCCGUCAGUCUCAACGGGCUGCCAGCCACUCCGCUUGCUCCAACAUCAGGGCUACAGUCACCUCCUCUCCUGGGAACAGCAGCCAUGCCAGGGCUGGUAGCACCCAUUUCAAACGGAUUCACUGGAGUGGUGCCAUUCCCAAACGGCCAUCCAACUUUGGACACAGUUUACACUAAUGGCCUUGUGCCAUACUCAGCCCAGAGCCCUUCAGUAGCAGAGACUUUGCACCCAGCCUUUACCGGAGUGCAGCAGUAUGCAGCUGUGUAUCCAACUACCACCAUCACUCCACUGGCGCAGAGCAUUCCUCAGCCGCCUCCCAUCCUGCAGCAGCAGCGAGAAGGUCCUGAAGGCUGCAAUCUCUUCAUCUACCAUCUCCCUCAGGAGUUUGGAGACAAUGAGCUGAUGCAGAUGUUCCUGCCCUUUGGCAAUAUCAUCUCUUCCAAGGUGUUCAUGGACCGUGCCACCAACCAGAGCAAAUGUUUUGGUUUUGUAAGCUUUGACAACCCAUCCAGUGCACAGACUGCUAUCCAGGCCAUGAACGGCUUCCAGAUUGGCAUGAAACGUUUGAAGGUCCAGUUAAAACGACCUAAAGAUGCCAACCACCCCUAGUGACAGCAGCAAGCAAGCAGGAGUCACUUCUGCAGCACAGCUUGCCUCCUCAAAAACAUGUAAUUGAAGCAAAGGCUCAGUAUCUGCCCAGCAGGAAGAUUUUUUUUGCCACAAUGGACUCACACAUUUGCUGUUGAUGUGGUGCAUAUCAAAGGGACCAGAAAACCAACAGACCUGCGGACCUGAAGCUCUUCCUCUCAGGGUAUGCCUGGAGUACCCAGGCCAAGAAAACCCAGAGGGGUGUCUCUAGGUUACCACAGUGAUGUAUGGGAGCUUAGCCAUCCCCACCCCAUCUCCUGUCCCUUUCAUAGA